AUGCCCGAGGAGUUUCAUGUUAAGGACAAAGAGAAAAAUGAUACAGUUGAGGUCAUGAGUGUAAAUAAUGAUGAGGCGGUAAAUAAAAGAAAGUCUACUGUGUCAGAAGGUGUUUUCGAAAGAUUUGUUACGGACAAAAAGAUUUUAUUACUGGGUGAAGACGAAGAGGAAAGUGAUAGCAUAAUGGUAAAAAGGAGGAAAAUGGGAUCAUUUAAAAAUAGCGAGAGAAGUACUAGUGAAGGUUCCGAUCAGAUAAGCCGAAGGAGGUCAAAGGAAGAUGAAUUGAAACAAACAGGGGUACGUGAUGAUAAGAAUAAACAAACUAAGAGAAGACAUGUCAAGGAGAAAAUUAACAAGAGUGAUAGAGAGGUAGAAGAAACAUUAGGAAAUGAGGAAAGUUUUAAAAUAAUGGAAUUAGAUAAUGAGGAUCAAGAAGGAUUUUGUGUUGUCCAAAGAAAGAAAAGUAGUAUGGCCUUUGAAAAGAUGGUAAAGCUGCAAACGACAACGGUCAGUUCUGCUCCGAUUUUCGGCGCGUGA